AUGGGCGAGCGCAAGAAAGUCAAUCUCAGCUCAGUGGUUGCUUUGCGUACCGAAUGCGAUGAGACAUUGCCGCAGGCGUUGGCCUCGCUGAAGUAUACAGAGAGCUUUACAGUGGUGGAUACAAGGUUAGCGCUAGGGCUGUUAUCGGUGGCCAUUGCAGGUGGUCUCUACUACUACGAGAAAAAGUUUGGAGAUGACUUGAAAGAUCUGUUUUACUAUUACUUGCUUCUUGGAGGUGUUACUACUUUCUUUGUUCUGAAUGGUUUGCUGUAUCUGCAUGCCCAGUACGUGCAAAAGAACACGAAGUACGUUGGUUACAAUAAGGAUAAGAAGGUGGUGAUAGGCACGUCCACAAAAAACGCAACCACACCGGUAUAUGACGUUGAAUUUAAGGUGGGGGAUUCGCCAGUGGCAAAGGACUCGAUCAGUUUCUCUGAACUGUUCACCGAAGAUGGGUAUCUGAAGCUCGACAGUUAUAUUGGGUUUAUCAAGAAGAAUCUGGAGAAAGUUUCGAAGAAGUCGACAUGA